AAUAUCAAAACAAUGAGCAAAGAAAGCAGUGGCAAUGGCAUGAUAAAGGCAUGGGAGGCGACGGUGAAGAGGACACAAUUAGCGGCCAAACGACGAGCCAACACCAUAUUCGGAACGACAAUGUCGUCGGCAGCCAUAACCCCCGCCACCGGGAAUAACAACGACGACGACAAUGACGAGGAGUACAACGACAACGACAACGACAACAUUAGCGCGGGAAUGGCAUACGAGGUGUACCAGGCGGAGAAAGUGCUUCCGAACGGGGACUACUACACGGGGCAAUGGUCGGACAGCUUCCCGCACGGGCAGGGGAAGUACUUGUGGACGGACGGGUGCAUGUACGUGGGGGAGUGGUUUAGGGGGAAGAGCAUGGGGCGGGGCCGAUUCAGCUGGCCGUCGGGGGCCACCUACGAGGGCGAAUUCAAGAGCGGAUACAUGGACGGGACGGGGACGUACACGGGUCCCAAUGGGGACACUUACAAAGGCCAAUGGUUCAUGAACUUGAAGCAUGGCCAUGGUCUUAAGAAUUACUUCACUGGCGAUGUGUAUGAUGGAGAAUGGCGACGCGGGUUACAGGAGGGUCAAGGGAGAUACCAAUGGAGAGUCGGAAACUGCUACAUGGGAGAAUGGAAGAACGGCGAGAUUUGUGGGAAAGGGGUGUUAAUAUGGAGGAACGGUAAACGUUAUGAUGGUUAUUGGGAAGAGGGCGUUCCGAAAGGGAACGGGACGUUCAAGUGGCCAGACGGGAGUUUCUACGUGGGGAACUGGAGUAAGGACGCCAGAGAGCGAAACGGGACUUACUACCCAUCUGGGUCGUCUCCGGAUGGGAAUCUGGAGUGGGACCCACAGGAGGUGUAUGACCAUGAUUUGAGUGAGUGUAGAGUUUGUCCGGGUGAGAAGGUGUCCAUUAUGCCUUCCCAAAAGAAGCUGGCUGUUUGGAGAUCUUCCAAGGGAGGCGAUGGCGGGGGUGGAGAGAGGCCGAGGAGGUUCUCAGUGGAUGGACGGCUCAGCGCAGCGGGGGAGCGGCCGUUUGAUAGGAUGAAGCUGUGGGGUGGUGGCGGGGACGAGUAUAGGCUUGAGGGUUUGGUGGGGUUAAAAGGCGGUGACGAUGGGAGUUGUGGUGUAAAGAGGCAAGGGGAGACCAUUUGUAAAGGGCAUAAGAAUUAUGAGCUCAUGCUAAAUUUGCAGCUUGGAAUAAGGCAUGCUGUUGGAAGACCAGCUCCGACUGCAUCCGUUGAUCUUAAGCCGUCGGCUUUCGACCCGAAGGAAAAACUAUGGACGAGAUUUCCCCCAGAAGGAACUAAAUAUACUCCUCCACACCAAUCCAGUGAAUUUAAAUGGAAAGAUUACUGUCCAUUAGUUUUCAGGACAUUAAGAAAGCUGUUCAAAGUAGACCCUGCUGAUUACAUGAUAUCUAUAUGCGGAAACGACGCGCUCCGAGAGCUAUCUUCUCCCGGAAAAAGUGGUAGUUUCUUUUACUUGACAAAUGAUGACCGUUACAUGAUCAAGACCAUAAAGAAAUCAGAAGUAAAAGUGCUUUUAAGGAUGCUUUCAGCCUAUUACAACCAUGUUCGAGCCUUCGAGAAUACUCUAGUGACCAAAUUUUAUGGUCUACAUUGUGUAAAAUUAAUGGGGCAACCAAUUCAGAAGAAGGUACGAUUCAUCAUCAUGGGGAACCUCUUCUGUACCGAAUACACGAUUCAUAGACGUUUCGACUUGAAAGGGUCAGUCUUGGGCCGUACAACAGAUAAACCUGAGACAGAGAUUGAUGAAACCACAAUCCUUAAGGACCUUGAUCUUAACUUCAUGUUCCGGCUUCAGAAGUCAUGGUUUCAGGAGUUUUGCAGGCAAAUUGAUAGAGACUGUGAGUUUCUUGAACAGGAGAGGAUUAUGGAUUAUAGCCUUUUGGUUGGUCUUCAUUUCAGAAAUACAUCUGCUGCUGGGAAUCUGAUUCCUUCUGGAGCUAGAACCCCCAAUGGUUAUGGUGAUGAUAAUGAUGGAGCUCCCCAACUUUCAAGAGAAGACAUGGAUCAGCUUCUUCUAGAUCCAUCCAGGUGGGCUAGCAUUAAAUUGGGGCUGAACAUGCCAGCAAGGGUUGAAAAGACAAAAAGAAGAACUGACUGCGAACUUCAGCUUAUAAUAGAACCAAGCGGGGAAUGUUAUGAAGUCAUAAUGUUCUUCGGUAUUAUAGACAUUCUUCAGGACUAUGACAUUAGCAAGAAGCUUGAACACGCCUACAAGUCCAUUCAAUAUGAUCCCACUUCCAUCUCAGCCGUCGAUCCCAAGCAGUACUCGAAGCGCUUUCGGGAUUUCAUACUCAAAAUAUUUGCUGAAGACACUUGA